CGCCCAUUCUUGGCAAAUGGAACACCCAGAAACCAACAAGUAUGGCGACUCAACGACUGAUGACGAGGCUGGUUCGCAGACAACAGAAGACGAGGUCCCUGAGCGACAGGCACACGCUGCACCUCCUCCACCACCGCCUGCACCCGCUCCGACCACAUCGAGUGGUCGCGAACGUCCUCAUUAUGAGCUCAGGCAUACUAUGCGAGGCCAUACGUCCUCCAUAUCUGCUGUGAAGUUCAGUCCAGACGGAACACUUCUCGCGUCUUGUGCGAACGACAAAGUAGUGAAGAUAUGGUCGCCUUUUACCGGGGAACUGGUACGGAACCUUAACGGACAUACAAAGGGACUAUCGGACAUUGCGUGGUCUUCGGAUAGUGCGAACCUUGCCUCUGCUUCCGACGAUCAUACUAUUCGAAUAUGGGAGGUGGAUACGGGCUUGACUCAGAAGGUCUUAAAAGGACAUACUAGCUAUGUCUUCUGUGUGAACUACAACAAUGCUUCCAAUUUACUAGUCUCCGGAGGAUGUGAUGGCGAGAUCAGGAUUUGGAACGUCGAGAAAGGCAAAUGUCUGAAGAAGAUACUCGCUCAUCUGGACUAUGUCACGGCUGUUCACUUCAACCGUGAUGCCACCCUGAUCGUGUCUUGCUCACUGGACGGUCUAAUCCGCAUAUGGAAUACCACCACCGGUCAAUGUCUAAAGACACUCGCAGAGAGUCAUGAUGCGAUAUGUCAACAUGUUCAAUUCUCUCCCAAUUCGAAAUAUAUCCUCUCCACCGCCCACGACAGCGCUAUUCGCCUAUGGGAUUACCAGACCUCUCGCUGUCUGAAAACCUACGUCGGACAUACGAACCAAAAGUAUUGCAUCGCAGCAUGCUUCAGUGUCACAGGAGGCAAAUGGAUCAUCUCGGGGAGCGAGGACAACAAGGUGUACUUGUGGGACCUCCAAAGUCGAGAGAUCGUCCAAACGCUCGAGGGGCACACCGAUGUUGUAGUCGCAGUAGCGACCCAUCCACAACAAAAUAUGAUCGCUUCUGGCUCAAUGGAUUCGGACCUGACCAUUCGUAUUUGGGCGGACCGUGGAGGUUCCUAGUCGUACUAAACGCCGCAUUCUUCUCUGUUUUAGCAUUUCUGUCGUUAGUACUCAUUAUCUUUCCUCGUGACACCUUCCCCUGUAUUCAUUAGUGUACGACCAGCGGGUUUCAUCUUGCGAAUACUAGACUGUAAUGCAUUAC